AUGGCUGUCUUACUAAGCAUUUGUGCGUUAAUUUUCGUCUCACAAAUAACACAACCAGGCGAAUGCUUGGUUGAGCAAGCUAUCUUUCAUACAAAGGAGCAAACUUACUUAGCGAAUCAUGUCAUCCAAACAAAACAGGCAGAAACCGAACUAGAGUGUAACAUGCAUUGCGUCGCAGAUGGAUCAUGUGCAUCAGUAAAUUAUAAAACGUCUGGAAUCGGCAAAGGUCUGUGUGAGCUCAACAGUGAAACAUUGGAAGAGACAUCUGAUGCCGAUGGAAGUCUGCAUAACCCUGAGUUCAACCACCUUUAUAUAAUCGAAAAG